UCGUGGAGUGGACGUCUUGUUGGGGUCGGGAAGUGGAGUGCCGGUGUUAUCAGCAUUGGAAAAGAUGCCUGCCCCAGCUACCACAUAUGAAAGAAUAGUUUACAAAAAUCCUUCAGAGUACCACUACAUGAAAGUUUGCCUAGAAUUUCAAGAUCAUGGAGUUGGACUGAAUGCUGCACAGUUCAAACAUCUGCUAAUUUCAGCCCUGAAAGACCUGUUUGGAGAGGUUGAUGCUGCCUUACCCUUGGACAUCCUAACCUAUGAAGAAAAGACUUUGUCAGCCAUCUUGAGAAUAUGUAGCAGUGGUCUUGUCAAAUUGUGGAGCUCUUUGACCCUAUUAGGAUCCUACAAAGGCAAAAAAUGUGCUUUCAGAGUGAUUCAGGUUUCUCCAUUUCUCCUUGCAUUAUCUGGUAAUAGUAGGGAACUAGUAUUGGACUGAAUAGCCUGCAAUUUCAGAAAUAUUUCUUCACUCUAAAAAAUAUUUUUUGGUCCCUGCAUGAUGUUUGAAGACUGAAGCAGGGUAAAAGCCUCUGUUCAUGAAAUUCAAGGGUGCUGAAAAAUGUUCCCAAUAAUUGCCAUUCAUCGUCUUUGGUGGGCUGGGCUUCGGAGGAGAGUCUGCCUGAACCAGCCAGUGCUGAACAGGCAGCCUUGUCAGCGUAUGCGCGUCAAAGUUGGAGACCGGGCUGAACUUAGCAGGGCCUUCACACACAGGGAUGUGGCUACCUUCUCAGAGUUAACAGGCGAUGUCAAUCCUUUGCAUUUAAAUGAAGAUUUUGCAAAACACACCAAGUUCGGAAAGACAAUUGUACAUGGGGUUUUGAUCAAUGGACUUAUCUCAGCUCUCCUUGGUACUAAAAUGCCAGGACCAGGCUGUGUCUUUCUUUCUCAGGAAAUUAACUUUCCAGCCCCUUUAUAUAUUGGAGAAGUUGUUUUAGCUUCUGCAGAAGUGAAAAAACUUAAGCGGUUCAUUGCUGUUAUUGAAGUGUCAUGUUCUGUAAUAGAAAGUAGAAAGACUGUUAUGGAA